AUGGCUGCUAAAUGCGAGUUCGGCCAGUUUCUCGACGACGCGUUGCGGGACCGUUUCGUCGCGGGGCUGCGAAACCCAGCCAUCCAGUCAAGAUUGCUGAAGAAAAAGGAGCUGACGUUCGAGACGGCGUGCCAGUUCGCCAAGAGUGUGGAAUUGGCCGGGCGAGAGUUGAGGGGCUUCCGAGCAGUUGCUGGAACAGACGCCGACGUCCCUGCGAUCAAAAAGACAAGCACGAAGCCUGUUUCAGGGAGUGAAACGAGAGCAGCAAAGAACAAAUGUUAUCGGUGCGGCGAAGAACAUGACGUAAAUUCGUGUCGCUAUCGAAAGACAAGAUGUUAUCACUACAAGCGCAUGGGGCAUCUGUCUCGCGUGUGCAGACUUAGGCAGACAACGGCCGAUGCAGUUCAUAACGUGGACGACGAACAGCAUGAUAGUGUGCUGUUGUUGUACAGCGUGUAUCACAUAGGGACAACAAAACGACCGUACGAAGUGGAAGUGCGGCUUGAAGGUAUGCCUGUGAAAAUACAAGUUGAUACAGGCGCAGCUGUUUCGCUCCUGUCAGAAAGCUUGUUCAAGCUGCUAAAACAACCGCCGUUGCUUGCACAGUGCGCAUUGAAGCUCAAAACGUACGGCGGAACGCCGCUUGAAGUCAUAGGUCAGGACCAAGUCGCUGUGGAAUAUAACGGACAACGGAAUGUUCUGCAAAUCAUCGUGGUACCCGGAGACAAGCCAGCGUUGCUUGGGCGCCACUGGAUUGAGAGCCUCGGGAACGACUUUAACAGCAUUCAGAAGGUCCACACCGAGCUAGCUCCGGGCCUGAUAAAAGGCUUUCAAGCAAAGCUUGUGCUUAAGGAAGGCAGCUUGCCUUUAUUUUGCAAGGCACGACCUGUACCGUAUGCCAUUCGUGAGCCAGUUAGAGAAGAACUAACGGACCUGCUAGCUGAUGGCGUCCUUGUGACAGUCACGCUUAGGGACUGGGCGACACCAAUAGUAGCCGUACAGAAGCCAGACAACAAACUUCGACUUUGUGGAGAUUAUAAAGUGAGUGUGAACUCGUGCAUGAAGAGUGAUCAUUACCCCUUGCCCACGGUCGAGGACUUGUUCACUGUUUUGGCUGGCGGGAAGGUGUUUACCGUUCUUGAUCUCUCCGCAGCGUAUCAGCAAAUUGAGUUGCACCCGGACUCACGUCGCUUGUUGACCAUUAAUACUCACAUGAGCUUGUACCAGUAUGUCCGCAUGCCAUACGGAAUUUCGAGCGCACCUGCAUUUUCCCAAGCCAUUAUGGACGAGCUUCUGAAGGGACUACCUGAGGUGGUCUGCUACCUCGACGAUGUUCUCAUCACAGGAGCGACCUACGCCGAAUGCUCGGUCCGAGUGGAGGCAGUCCUGCAGCGACUCAUGGAGCACGGCGUAAAAGUAAGGGAAGGAAAAUGCAAGUUUUUCAUGAAGUCUGCCAAAUAUCUGGGCCACAUAAUAGAUGAAUAA